AUGGAGGGCGAAGCCUUUGUUGUAAAAUGUCCUGAUACAGAAGAUAAUGAGAGAGUAACCUGGCAUUUUCCUAAAAUGAACACAACCGUCUCCACAGAUGAAAGAAUGCAAAUAUAUUCUUCUGGGAUAUACUUCUGGUUUCUGCCGGUGUUCUUCAACGACUCUGGAAAUUAUAUCUGUGUUAAACAUAAAUACAUCCGUACAAAAAAAGGCAUGUGUUAUUACAAUGAAGAUUUAUGUUCUUAUACUUCAGGAAUCCCUGGAAAAAUUUAUUGCCCUUCUAUUGAUAAGUAUAAGAAUGCAUCUGAUGUCAGCUGGUACAAGAAUUCUAUACUUUAUAUUUCUGGUGCAAAUGAAAAUGACAAUGGAAAUUAUACUUGCCAGUUUACAUAUAGUCAUGGUGGAAGAAAAUUUAAUGUAUCUGCAACAAGGACAUUUGAAGUUGUAGAUAAGAAGAAGCAUAAUUCAAUACCUAUUAAAGUUAUUUCUCCCCAAGACAAUGAUGUUAUAAAGGUAGACGUUGGAUCUCCUCAGAAUCUUACAUGUAAGGCAUUACUUGGGCUUCAAAAGCAAGACCUAGCAUUGUGCUGUUGGGAUGUUAUAAAUGGUGACUAUGAUAAAUACCAGAAGCAAUAUAUGGUCCCCAACAAAGGAUAUUUUGCAGAGUGUGUGUUAAGUAUCAAGGAAGUCAGGGAAGAAGACUUUAAUGUAACUUUCAAGUGUGUCGUAUCAAAUGCUAUGGAGUACAGAACAGUUGAAGUAACUUUGCAGUGCAAAGAGCCAUAUGCAAUGAGUGCAAUGGAGAAGAGAAUACAAAAUAGCUGGCGGCUGAUAAUCCUGCUGACAAAGUGUCUGGCCACAAAUGACCAUUUUGUAUAUGAGCACCACAUUGCCUUCUACAAUGCCCUCAUCCAAAAUAACAUCAAGGUAAUUUUGUAAGAAAUGGAGAGAAUCAGAGAUUACGAACAGCUUCAAGCAUCUCUCAGGUAUCUCAUUAAUCAGCAAGGUACUAUCAAAUGGAAAGAAAAAUAUGUCCACCCAUUCUCACCUGACUUUGCAUUCUGGAAACAUGUGAGAUACCAAAUGCCAGUGUGGCAUAACCCGUCAGUCACUACAUUGGAUUUGUUUCUGUGUAAAACACUCUAA